AUGCCCAGCUGGCGCAAGGAUCAAUGGGAGCGCCACGCGCUGAGAAAGGCGAGUCCAACGCGAUCGGCGAUGCCUUUCAAAGGCUCUCCCGGGGCGUUCGCGGCCGUGGCGGCGCUGACGUCGUCCGCCAGCCUGCUGGCCAGCGCGUACACGAACCCGAUCGUGAUCAAGAACUACAAGAUGUUCGACUCGAACACGGGCGACUACUUCGCCGUCAAGGGCGUGGACUACUACCCGCGGCCCAACUCGGGCGAGCUCAACGUCAACAACUACGACUUCUUCACGGACGACGACAGCUCCAUCUGGAAGGACGACAUCGCGUACCUGGCUGAGGCGGGCGCCAACGCCGUGCGGCUGUACGCCGUGGAUCCGUCCAAGUCGCACGACGACUUCAUGUGCGAGCUGCGCAAGUACGGCAUGUACGCGCUCGUGGACCUGGGCGCCACGUGCGAGAACUGCUCCAGCACGGUGGACGAGUACCCGGCGUGCUACCCGGGCGCGCUCAAGACGCGCGGCCAGCAGAUCAUCACCGAGUUCGCGCAGUAUGACAACACGCUGGGCUUCAGCGCCGGCAACGAGAUCAACAACCUCGUGGACGACGCCGCCACCAACGCCCUGUGCCAGAAGAAGUUCAUCCGAGACAUGCGCGCCUUCAUCGGCGGCUGCUCGUCCACCAUGCGCAGUAUCCCCGUGGGCGUCGUGAUGGCCGACCCGGACACGACCAACAACAACCGCCAGCUCAACGCGCAGUACUACAACUGCCGCACGGACUCGAGCGACAAGUACGAGAACGCCGAGUGGUACGGCCUCAACACGUACCAGUACUGCGACGGAGACGUGACGACGCUGGCCGACGCCGACGGCUUCUCGGAGCUAUUGACAGACUUCACCAACUACAGCAUGUCCAUCCCGGUCAUGCAGACCGAGUACGGCUGCGCGCAGCGCACGUGGCGUCAGGCCGGCUGGCUGCUGGGCGACGACUUCAGCAAGGUCUUCUCGGGCGGCUUCGCCGUCGAGUACUCGACCGAGAUGGCCAACUCGGACGGCUCGGGCUCAUCCGCUUCAGCGUAUCCGUUCACGUCGUACGGCGCGCAGAACUACGGGCUGGGCUACUACUCGCCCGAGGACUGCGACUGGAUCAACACCAUGUGCUCGUACAACCCCAUAUCCAACUUCUACAACCUUUCUACGCAGUACAACGACUCGGACUUCUCGUCCGAGUCCUCGUACGAUGACUUCACGGCCGACUCGGACCGCGCCAGCCCCCCGGACUGCCCCUCGGGCUUCUCGGCCCUCGCCGACUCGACGUGGGAGUCGGACAGCGUGGAGGACGAGUCGUGCCCGUCCGAGCGACUGGACCACACCACGUCGAGCGCGGCCAGCGGCGGCACCGCCGAGAGCAGCGGCGACUCGUCAGAUGCUUCGGCUGUCAGCGUGUCCAUGGCCUCGGUGCUUCUGCUGGGCUCUGUGAUCGCUACGCUGCUCUAG